CCGAGGGAGCGCAGAUCAACCAGUAGUCCUCUCGGUCCCGUCACUGCCAUGGUCUCAUCUUCACAAAAACACCACGGCUGGGCUCUUCCGUCGGGACAUAAACUUUAAAUCCUACAAGAAAGGAGCCAUGCCGGUCUAAAGCGACAGUGAAAGUAUCGGCCACAAAGAAGAAGCAAUUGGUCCUUUUCUUUUUGUAUUUCUAAAAGGAGGGGAAAGACGGCAUCCGGCCUGAGGAGAAGCUCCGAGGUCGGGGACUCCGGUCGGAGCGGCGCUACUCGCUUCUGGCCUCCCCUUCCCGAGAGCUCCAUGGAGAAGAUGAAACGGUUCAAGCGGCGCAUCACUCAGUCGCUAAGAGGCAGCCACACCAUUGACGAGUCGCUGUCGGAGCUGGCCGAGCAGAUGACUAUCGAGGAGAACGGCCUGAAGGACUGUGAGCCCAUCGUGAGAAAUGGCCGUCCCCCGUCAGCCCACAGCGUCCACUCUUUUCUUCACCAAUAUACGGGUUCCUUCAAGAAGCCGCCUCUCCGGCGGCCCCAGAGCGUCAUCGGAGGAGGCCUGGGCUCUCUGAUGGUCGCGCCUCGCAACGGCAGUCGCCUCGAUAUCGUCCAUGAGAAUCUAAAGAUGGGAUCAGACGGGGAGAGCGACCAGGCAUCAGGUACAUCGUCCGAUGAGGUGCAGUCGCCCACGGGUGUUUGUCUCCGGAACCGAGGGAACAGACGCAUCUCUGCGGAGGACUUGAACAAACGUCUGUCUCUGCCGGCUGACAUCCGGAUACCUGACGGUUACCUGCAGAAGCUGCAGCUGACCAGCCCGCCGUUCGACCAGCCGCUGAGCCGACGAUCCCGCAGAGCAUCACUGUCAGAAAUCGGGUUCGGGAAACUGGAGACGUACAUCAAGCUGGACAAGCUGGGAGAAGGCACGUACGCAACCGUCUUCAAGGGGAGGAGUAAGCUGACAGACAACCUUGUGGCGCUGAAGGAGAUCAGACUGGAGCACGAGGAGGGGGCACCGUGCACUGCCAUCCGAGAAGUGUCUCUACUGAAGGACCUGAAACACGCCAACAUCGUGACGCUGCACGACAUCGUCCACACCGAGAAGUCGCUCACACUGGUGUUCGAGUACCUGGACAAAGACCUCAAGCAGUACAUGGACGACUGCGGGAACAUCCUGAGCAUGCAGAACGUCAAGAUUUUUUUGUUCCAGAUUCUGCGAGGUUUGGCCUACUGCCACAGACGGAAAGUCCUCCACCGAGACCUGAAGCCCCAGAACCUGCUCAUCAACGACAGAGGAGAGCUCAAACUAGCUGACUUUGGCCUGGCCAGGGCCAAGUCGGUGCCCACAAAGACGUACUCUAACGAGGUGGUGACGCUCUGGUACCGUCCUCCAGACGUGCUGCUGGGCUCCUCCGAGUACUCCACACAGAUAGACAUGUGGGGUGUGGGCUGUAUAUUCUACGAGAUGGCUGCCGGCCGGCCCCUGUUCCCCGGCUCCACGGUGGAGGACGAGCUGCACCUCAUCUUCCGGCUGUUAGGAACUCCGACAGAAGACAGCUGGCCGGGAAUCUCAUCCAUCGACGAGUUCAAGUCCCACAAAUUCCCAAAGUACAAGGCGCAGGCCCUGAUCAAUCACGCACCCAGUCCACUUAUCAUUGGAGAUGGGAGUGAGCAAAUAUUUCUCAUGAGACCCAGGCUGGAUACCGAUGGAAUCGAGCUGCUGACGUCAUUCCUAAAAUAUGAAUCGAAAAAGAGGAUCUCGGCUGAUGAAGCGAUGAGGCAGCCGUACUUCAGGAGCCUGGGGCCACGCGUGCACACGCUGCCAGAGAGCAUAUCCAUAUUUACACUGAAGGAGGUGCAGCUGCAGAGAGAUCCCGGCUACCGGAACUCCUCGCACUCCGAGUCAGGUAACGGAAAGAGCAGAAGACAAAGCAUGCUGUUUUAAAGGUUUUGGACUGGACUUGGCAUCUCCUCGCCGUACAGUCCUGCGGUCUGAUCAGAACCCAGAGAUGGAUGUUGGCCUUGACCACGAUCAUCACCAUCACUCCUUCCAGGAACUGGGGAAAGCCCCGCCCCCUCCCCCGGAUUGGUCUGAACCUGAUUCAAAUAAGAGACGUUUAUAUACUGUACAUCUAUAUUUAUUGAGAAGAAAUUGCUGCUGAAUCCAACUACUGUCUAGAAAUUUAACUGGCUCAGUCACUUUAAUGAAUACAUGCAAUGUGUAUAGAUCUUUUUUUUUUUAUUUCUUUUUUUUGAAGUGGUGGUAUAUUUUUUUUGUGCUUUUUUUUUUUCUUUUCUAAGUCAUUGUUACCAUUUUCAUACAUAAAAGGCCACCUGGAAGCCCUGCAUGUGUGUACAGCGCACAGACGGAGGGGCGUUUCUGCAGCGGCUCGGGGGGGAUGGAUGUGCCGCCUCUGUUGCCACGGCGACACACAGCUGCACAAAUCACUCUGACCGUUUACCCUGAAGAUUUCUGAUCAAUAACUCAUCACUUUGGUCCUGACUGGAGGCUAAAACUCUGUGCAAAAAGGAAAGAGUCGGGUUCCCGUCAGACAUCCUUCUUGGCAUAUCAUUCCAGGAUGCAGCGGUUCUCGGUCCCAGCCAACGAACACAGGCAGGGGGGGGAAAAGCAACGUAAAAUUAACGAGGGCAUUACGGGGGGAAAUCAUGAAUAUUUAAGUGUAAGUCGACAACCUCCGGCCUUGUUGUUCUUUUUCCUCUCACAUCCGACACACGGACUCCCACAAAGAAGUGCGACCCGGUGAAUAUGCAGUGCUGCCUUGGUGCUUUACAGAUGCUCGUCCCGAAAUUAGCCCCCCUCCCCUCCGGUUCCCUCCAUCUUUGUGUUUGCACGUCUGCUUGAACGAAGACCCCCCCCUGAACCCGAACCUGAACCCGACCCGAGAGUCUGAUCUGAAUCGCCGUCUAUUUAACAGUGUUACAAGAGAUGUUUUCUAUGAUGAUCUUUAACUUUAUUUGUGAAUAAUCUGUUGUUUGUGUGAAAUUUUGUUGCAGGCGCCCCCUUUCUGUAUUUUUGAGUUUUAUUUUCAGAGUAAAGAAUAUUAAAACCUAAAGUUUAAACAGAGGUCAGGGUUCUGUCUUCA